AUGGCAGAGGAAACUUUGCUCGAAACAUUAAAAAUCGUUGAAAUGGAAGAUUGCGUGUAUUCUGCAACAGCUAAAAGACUUAUCGGCCAUUUUAACGAGAUGAUCAACUCUUUCGAUGCACAAAAGUUUUGGGAUAGCCUCAACGUUCGAGAAGAGAAAUCUAAAACUCAAACUGCACAAGUUAUUUUGCAAGAGAAAGAAGAACAGAAUGCUUGUCAAGUAAGGAUCGGUGCGUUAGAUGCGAAUAUCCAGAAAUUAACGAGAAAAAGACAAGGUGAGGAAUUACCUUCGACACCGCCAAAUAAGAUCACCAUUAACACGGAAACUUCUCCAGAGUUUUCAUCAAACUCAGACUCUGAGGUUGUGACACCCAUUUUGCUUACGAAUGUCUUUCUAGAUUCUGCUUCUUCACAACAAAAAACACCCAUUGAUACGAAUGCCAUUGAUUCAAGCCUAUAUUCAAAGGUCGAAAGUCAAAAAACGACCAGAAAAUUCACGACCAGAAAAUACAUAAACCGUGACUUAGCGGAUGAGGUCUUAAAAUCGUAUCAGAUAAAAGUAAUGCCGGGUGAUAAGUUGAUAUAUGACAAUGUCGAUGUAUUGAAAUUUUCCUGCUCAAAAAUGAAGAAAACAGACAUAUCAAAUAGCCCUUUAUCAAUUGGCGUUCUCAACAUUCACAACAACAGUUGUACUAAAUUAUUACCGAUUAAUUUCAAACAAUUUAUAUCCGAUCAGAUCCAAGAUUGUGGAGCGAAAGCUGUCUAUUUUGGAAACCGAUCUAUUAAUAAAUUUGUGGUGGAUUGCGAGGAAGAUGUGUUGAACUUCUUGGAGGAGUUUCAAGACAUAGGAGAUUUAGAAUCGUUAGCAAAAUGUUUAAACGAGAAUCCGAUCAAUAUGUCCACUGCUUCUAACGACCUUAUUUUUGCACGAAUUCUUUUCGACCAUUUUUAUUUCCUAUUCAAAAACGAUACUUUGCUCCAACCAAUGUCUGAACAUGAGUUCAGCGUAUAUAUAUGGUCACCGUUAAUAAGAAAUGCCUUUCUCGGAAAGGAAGAUUUAAAGCUAAGUUGCGGAGAGCUUGCGUCAAAAUCGUAUGAAAAACUAAAAGAAAUACUAAAUGUUGCCGGUCGUGGUGGUCCGAAGCUGGAUGGAAAAGGUUUUCUGAAAUUGUUAGGAACUGAGAUUAUCGCACAGGAAGACGGAGUUUUAAAUACUUUUGUCAAACGGAAAGGGGAUAUCCAAAAAUUGGAGUACUGUUCUAAAGUCAUACUUACGGCAUUGUACUUUGCGUUACCCUCAACCACAAAAUCCAGCAUAGCAGACAUUGAAAUAUAUACCUUACAGUCCAAUGAGUUUCGCCUUAAAAUUUCAGCAUCGAAAUACUUAUUUGAGAAUACAAUAAUUACGAUGGAUUUACAACAUAUUGAAAUUCCGAGAACAGUGGAAGGGUUCUCUAAAUUAAUAGUAGGUGUUAAAACCAUUCUAUCCUGGAAAGCGAGGACCAAGAAGAAUACUAUGAAAUUCUAUGAAGCACUAAAUAAAGGACAUAAGCGCUUGACCAACGGAGAAUUUUUUUCGCCAGUUAAAUAUCCAUAUAGAGAUAAAAGGAUGGUUAAUGUGUUGUAA